CAUACACGUCGUGACAUGGAAUGUGGCCUCUGCAGCACCCCCUCUAGACCCCGAUGAUCUCCUUCAGCUGAACAACCAGAACCUGAAUCUGGACAUGUAUGUCAUUGGGAAAUGGACUGUGGGAUCAUGAGCCUCCUUGCUGACACUGCCUUUGAAGACCCAUGGAGCAGUUUCUUCAUGGAUGUGCUUUCCCCUCUCAACUUCGUCAAGGUCUCCUCUGUCCGCAUGCAGGGGCUCCUCUUACUGGUCUUUGCCAAGUGUCAGCAUUUGCCCUUUAUCCAGAUCCUCUCUACUAAGUCCACCCCCACCGGCCUCUUCGGGUUCUGGGGGAACAAAGGGGGCGUCAACAUCUGCCUGAAGCUUUAUGGCUAUUAUGUCAGCAUCGUCAACUGCCACCUGCCCCCGCACAUGGCCAACAAUGACCAGCGGCUGGAGCACUUUGACCGAAUCCUGGAGAUGCAGAAUUUUGAAGGACUUGAUAUCCCCAACAUCCUGGACCAUGACCUCAUUGUCUGGUUUGGAGACAUGAACUUUCGGAUCGAGGACUUUGGGUUGCACUUUGUUCGGGAAUCCAUAAAAAGUCAGUGCUACAGUGACCUGUGGGAGAAGGAUCAGCUCAGCAUUGCCAAGAGGUGUGACCCGUUGCUCCGGGAGUUCCAGGAGGGUCCUCUGCUCUUCCCGCCCACCUACAAGUUUGAUAAGAACUCCAACAACUAUGACAGCAGUGAGAAAAAACGCAAGCCUGCAUGGACUGACCGUAUCCUGUGGAGGUUGAAGCGCCAGCCCCGCUCUGGCUCCUGCACCCCCAGCCUGCCAGCCCCCCACUUCUCACUGUGUCUGAGGAGCUACAUCAGCCACAUGAUGUAUACCAUCAGUGACCAUAAGCCUGUCACCGGCACCUUUGACUUGGAGUUGAAGCCGUUGGUAUCUGUCCCACUGAUCACCCUAAUGCCAGAGGGACUGUGGACCAUGGAGAACGACAUGCUGAUCAGCUAUACCUUGACCCCAGACUUCCCCAGCAGCCCCUGGGACUGGAUUGGACUGUACAAGGUCGGGCUUCGCCACAUUAAUGACUACGUGUCCUAUGUCUGGGUUGGGGACAACCAGGUCUCCUUCAGCAAUGGGCUGAACCAGGUUUAUAUCAACGUCAGCGAUAUCCCUGAGACUGAGGGUCAGUUUCUCCUCUGUUAUUACAGCAACAGUCUACGUUCCGUGGUGGGGAUGAGCAGUCCCUUUAAGAUCCAGCCUUGUGCCUUCCUGGAGGAGGACCUACUGGGUGAAUCCCAACUAUAGAUGUGAGCCUAAAUGAGGAGGGAUCCAGGGCAGAGGCCAGAGCUGGCAGCCAGCUCUGCUCACUACUUCCAGGCCCGCUGGGGGCCCGGCCCAGCCCCCCGAGGAGGCAGCAAGUAUCCUUCACCUCCCAAGGGGAGUUCUAGCCACACUCCUUUGCUCUCUCCAGUCCAGACCCCUGGCAUUAGUCACUUAAAUACAGGGUUUUGUUGCUGAGAUGUGAGUAAAACCAGCUAGUUUGUCAACAGUGAAGACCUGGGCAUCAUCCACCAAAGGUGGGAAGGACCCUCCAGCCUACAUCUCAUUUCUCGAUCCCCCAACCCCAGCCCCUGCCCCAGUCUCAGUCCUGCCCCAGCAGGCCUGCCAGACGCAUGCCCCAUCUGGCGCCGGCCUGCAUUCUCCUCAUCCCAUCCUAGGCCUCAGGCUGCCCGGGACAGGGAGAUGCUCACAUUUGUACAGGCUCCACCAACUUGCUGGCACAGCAGCCCUGGGUUCCAGGAGUCUUAGCAUCUCAUCUCCUGUCCCCCUGAGGGAUGGGAAGAAGGUCUGGGAUCCUUGCUUUGAGCAGAGGCAGCAUGACUAAGUGGGCAGGAUGGAGGGGCCCCUUUACCAGGCUCUUAUCUAGGGGUAGUAGGCAGGUUGAGUGCCCUGCCUGCACCCCCCUGGGCCCUGGUUCACUGCUGGUGGAUCAUUCCCUGAACCUGGCAUCUUGUGACAGGUUGGCAGGUAUAGAGAAGCUGUGGCCACAGGCUUUUCUAGGGUGGUCUUUGCCCAAUUGAGCUCAUCUGCCCCUCCCCUUGCCUGCAGUCAUUGGCCAGGAGCCUGCCCUCUCUCUAGACAACUGUGGGACCUAGAAGUGGGGGCCAAUGGAGAAGGCCAGAGUGAAGAUGUUUUAGAAAAUCUGGCCCUGGGGGUCUUCAGAGAGCAUUCUCCGGGUGCUAUGUGGACAUGGCUAUCCCUACUCCUACCACUUGCCUCCAGCCACUGGUGACUCAAUGGCCCUUCUCCCAGGAAAAGACAUCUCAGGGAACUACUCUGUGACUGUCACAGCUGUCCUAUAACAUGGAACUGAGAAACACUCCAGUUGUUUUGCUUCCCAUACUCCACCCUGGGAGCCAUGUGGGCUGUUAAGAACUGUCCCCCUGGCUCCUAGUGGGCCUUGGCUGUCUGUUUUCUCUGUUACAUGGGGGGAUAAUGAGAAACAUGGCUUUUACACUUGUG